AUGUCCGACUUCACUGAUAAACUUCGUCCAAGUCAGCCAGAUGGACACACAACCCUUGCGUGCGAACGUGAACAAUCUAGCAUCUCAGUAGAUGAACUAGGACACCACCUGUUCUCCUCCGAUGGAUUUCUGGAACGCCAAGCUCGAAUUCUAUCAAUUGUGCAACGAGAGCCCCUUCUCGCAAAAGAUAAACAACAAAAUCUGUCUCGGCCAGAGCGAUUCAAGCUAGGGCUUGCUCGAGCGAAGCUACUGCGUCGACUAGUCGACCACCACCAAUGGAGCCAUGAAGAUUACAAGAUGGCGGAGUACUUGGUCAGCGAUGUUUCGCCAUAUUUUCUACAUUUGGAGAUGUUCGUUACGACUGUUCGCGAGCAGGGCAGUGAGGCUCAGCGGGCUUAUUGGAUGCCAUUAAUCGAAUCAUGGAAGAUUGUCGGGGCUUACGCGCAAACGGAGCUUGGGCAUGGCAGCAAUGUUCGGGGAUUGGAGCUUGAGGCACGAUGGGACCCUCGGACCAAGGAGUUCAUACUUCAUAGCCCGACACUCACGGCUAGCAAAUGGUGGAACGGUAGCUUGGGGCGUAUGGCCAACCAUGCAAUCGUGGUUGCCCAGCUACUUCUUCCCAAGUCUGGAUACCCGGGUGAAUUCGUGUCCCAUGGUCCCCACCCGUUCAUUGUGCAAGUCCGAGAUAUGGAGACUCAUCAGCCACUGGAUGGUGUGGUGGUUGGAGAUAUUGGGCCCAAGUACGGAUAUGUCACAAUGGAUAAUGCUUACAUGCUCUUCGACAAUUUUCGAAUUCCUCACUCUGCCAUGCUUUCAAGAUACUCGAGCGUGGACCCCGAGACAGCAGUCUACUCAAAGCCAGCUCAGCCAGCCGUGGUAUACGGAUCUCUUACCUACGUUCGAGCCCAAAUUGUCCACCACGCCAGACUAGUUUUAGCACGAGCAGUUACAGUCGCAGUACGCUACACUGCCGUCCGACGACAGUUCACAGACCGCGAUACCAACGGCAAAGGACCCGAGUUGUCCGUCCUGGACUACCCUACCGUCCAAAUACGCAUUCUUCCUCUUCUAGCCACUACAUUUGCGCUACACUAUACCGGCCUCGCAAUGCGGCAUGUUUACGAAAUUACACGACAAGACGUCGAGCGCGGCGAUUUCCGUUCUCUAGCGCACAUGCACAGCAUGUCGUCUGGGCUAAAAAGUCUCUGUACAAUGCUCGCUGCAGAUGGAAUUGAGACUUGUCGACGGGCCUUGGGUGGACAUGGCUUUGGGGGUGGAAGUGGGCUGAUCGAACUCAAUAAUGACUACUUGUCGAAGCCAACCGUUGAGGGUGAUAAUUGGAUGAUUACGCAGCAGGUUGCUUCUUAUUUGAUUAAGAAAAUGUCUGCUGCGGUAGACUCGCCUAACACUCCCGGUGCAGAUGAGACGGAGUCUCGAUUCAAAGAGUACGUUCGAAACCGAGGUAAAUCUUCUUCAAAACAACAUGGAUACCGCGUAUUGGGAAAUGAUCAAGAUAUCGCUUUGAGCUUCGAGUUACGUGCAACUGCUAUUGCAUAUGAUGCGUAUGAGCAACGGGUAGUCAAGAAUAGAAGCUGGAAUAGUCUUCUUAUCCAAUUGCACAAGCUCAGCAAAGCCCAGUCCCAAUCUAUCCUUGUGACCAAGUUCUUCGAAGCGUUGUCCACAGAUGGUAGUCUACCAAGCUCCCUUAAAGCCAUAUUAUGGGAUGUGUAUCGUCUAUUUGCAUUGAAUACCAUGGAAAACGAAGGAUACGAAUUUUUCCGCUGCGGCGCCGCGUCUCAAUCCGAGCUCGACCUUUUGUCAGCCCGUGUCCAAGAUCUGAUGGCACGAAUUCGACCGCAUGCCGUGAAACUGGUGGAUUCGUGGAUGAUUCCAGAUUAUUUGCUUGAUAGCGCACUGGGGCGAUAUGAUGGUCGAGUGUAUGAGGACCUGUUCAACAGGGCCCAUCGCUUGAACCCGUUGAAUAAAAUGACCUUCAACCCGAACUAUUGGGAGCAUGAAAUUAUCAAGGGGAGUGGGAAUGAUGAGUAUGAUAUACUGUCAAAACUAUAG